AUAAAAGGUAAAAGCAGGCCGGAACAUGCUAGAACUUCUGGCGCUCUAAUACUUGGGAGGUGGCGCUUAUACCCUAUUCGGGAGGCCCUCCACUGUUUCACUUUACUGCGAGGCUCGCUACAGUGUUGUAGGUUAAGGACGAUAUUACGGGUAGAAAGGUAUACCGAGGACUCUCCAGGAGCUUGGCAGCCCAGCAGCAAUGGCACUAAACGCAGCAACGAACGGGGCUGAUGCCAUGGCUGUAACCGAUGCUGAGAACUGGCGUAUUAGAGUAAAGCACGAGCAGAAAACGGCGAAGGACUUCCAAAACGAGUGGGGCUACCUCACCUCGCCUGGGACACCCACGCACCUAAAGCAACCACACGCACGAUCCACGGUCAAGUACUUUGCCGGUCAUUCAGAAUACACGCUCCUGCAAAAGAAGAUUCCGCUGACAGGGGCAGAUGCUGAGCGUGCGGUUGCUCAGGAGGAGGAGUACCUUGCCACUGCGAGCCUGAACGGGGGGCGGCCCACCACCGCCCUUCAAGCGACUCUGUACUCGCACUCAAAACGCAUGGAUUACAUUGGGAAUCACGACAUGGCGCUUGAGACCACUAGCAGGGUGUACGGCUCCCGGCACACGCUGGAGCAGUUUGGCGUCUCGCAGUACGGUCUGAAGGAGACCCGUAGCAAGCUGCCGCCGGCUUAAGGGGAUCUGGGCAGAGGAAUGAGUGACGUUCUCUCGCCUGCAUGAGCAUGCAUGCGGACAUGCAGCAUGCUUGGGGACCUGCACGUGUCUUCGCAGGGCGGAGACGUGUGAGGGUGCGGCUGCUAGGUGACCUUGUAUCAUGACAACGAGCGGUUUGGAAAGAUGCACGUUGUGAGCUAAGCGCUGGGAAAGCAAAACGCCGCAUGCAACGCAGCGCUAGGGGCGCAAGAUGUGUGGUGGAGUGGAGUCUGUGAGUGUAAAAGGGCAUCGUGCGGAACCUGGCAAUGUUCUUUGGGUGAGACUUUGCAACGCAGGUGAGCAACAAAACCAUUAACAUUAUAGGCUUGUGCGUUCAUUGUUUUAUAGCUUGUGGAGGGGGAUUAGGCCCCGGUACGACGAGGGGUGCGUUUGGCUUGAUUCGCACACGUGUAGGUUUUCGCGAUAGCAAUGUUGUUCGACAUGGAUAGUAGCUGCUGUUAGGACACCCCAUUAUGCACAUGCAUGUAGUGUUCCGGUUUUAGGUUAUGGGCUUAGUACUUAUCUCGACUAUCCAAAAACGCUGAUAUAGUGUUGCAUUGGGCUUGUUUAGCGGUCCUGGGGCAGGGUUGCUAGGUAACUUUUAGGCAGGGUGACGCAGGGCUACGUGGAAAUGACCGCACGUGCAUUCAUCUGCAAGCAUGCAGUGCCUGUUCUGUGCUGCGAUGGAUGGCAUUCGUUAAGUCGGAUUUCAGUCCUUUCGGCCUCGCAACAACGGAGAGUUCGGGUGGUACCAACCUGCACGUUGGCUGUUUAAGCCACGCAACAUGUAAUACAGAAACAGUAAUAGA